AAAGGCUUGGUGGCAGUCAUCAUUAUAAACGAUGUGCAUAAUCACAGUCUGAAUACAGCAUACUCGCUUAAGUUCCUCUCCCCAAAUUACUCCAAAGAAAAGUUCUUUGGAUAUUUUAACGAUGGUAUGGGUAUAAUGAAAUCCCGUAGUCAUCAUGCAAGCGUAUUGAUGUUAAAGGAGGGAUUUGUAGAAGAAGACAUGGAUAAUAGUCGAAUUAAUCCUUCUUACAGAACAGUCCAGAAUUGGUACAAUCAAUGGCGGAUUUUGAAUCCUCCUCAAAAACCUCAAGAUUUGACUGAGACAAGAUCAAGAAAAAGACGUAAGACCAGUGAGGAAGACUUGGAUGUGGAUGAACCUUCAACAUCUUCCGAUACCUUAAAUUGCGUUAACCAAUCUACUGCAAAUGACAAUUUAUCUGAAAGCAAACGUUCUCCCACCAUUGGUACUGAUUCACGAUCAGAAAAAGAGACAAAUAAACCUUCUCAAGCAUCGGAAACAAAGAAUAACGGUGGAUCCCUGUUUCAACCCCCAGUAAUGAUUGAGGAGGAAAUCGAAAUUGUAUCAUCAGAACGACUUCCUGUCAAAGAUACCGCUUCUCAAUCAGUCACUGAUACAAAAAAAUCGGAUAAUAUUUCUCAGGUAUCAGUAUUAAAUAGUAGCGGUGGAAUCCUGCUUCAACCCCCAGUAAUAAUUAAAAAAGAAAUUGUCCCACCAGAACGACUUCCUGUCAAUGAUACUGAUUCUCAAUCAGUCACUGAUUUAAAAAAAUCGGUCCACCCUCCAGUAAUGAUUACGGAAGGUAUUGUAUCAUCAGAACGACUUCCUCUUAUUAAUAUUGGUGCUCAAUCAAUCACUAGUGCACAAGUACCGGGCUGUUUUCCUCAGGUAUUAGUUUUAAAUAGUACCAGUGGAUCCUUGUUUCAACCCCCAGUUAUGAUUCAGGGAGGAAUUAUAUCACCAGGACAACUUCCUGUCAUGAAUACUAAUUCUCAAUUAGUCACUGAUGCAAAAGAAUCGAACUGCUUUUCUCAGAUAUUAGUAUUAAAUAGCGGUGGAGCCCUAUUUCAACUCCCAGUAAUAUCCAAUCCUAGUAGCGGUGCAGCCCUAUUUCAACUCCCAGUGAUCCCCACUCCUAGUACCGGAAUCGAUGUGACCAGUACUCCAGUCCCUUGCCCAGUAAUGGUUGGUGAAAAUAUUGCAUCAUCAGAACGACUUCCAGCUGUUGAUACUGAUUCUCAGUCAGUCACUGAUGCAAAACAAUCGGACUGCUUUUCUCAAGUAUCGGAAACAAGCGGUGGAGCCCUGUUUCAACCUCCAGUAAUGAUUAAGAAAGAAAUUGUAUCACCAGAACGACUUCCUGUUGUUGAUACCGAUUCUAAAUCAGUCCCUGAUGCUAAGAAAUCGGACUGUUUAUCUCAAGUAUCAGAAACAAAUAGUAGCGACGGAGCAUUUUUUCAACCUCCAGUACUGAUUAAGAAAGAGAUUGUAUCACCACAACGAAUUCCUGCUAUCGAUACUGAUUCUCAAUCAAUCACUGAUACAAAAAAAUCGGACUGCUUUGUAUCAAGAACAAAUAGUAGGGGUGGAUCCCUUUUUCAACCCCCAGUAAUGAUUAAGGAUGAGAUUGUAUCAGAAGAUGAACUGUGAUGUGAUAGUUAUUAGAUUUAUCCAAUUUCAUACUUUCUCAUUGUAUAUCUAUCAUAGACUCAUCAUAGUGUAGUUUUUGAAAUUAUAAAAGUAGUUCUCUAAA